GCAAGCGUCAUGGCUUCUUCGCAUCUAGCUCUAUGAUUGGACAGCUAGGACUUAGGCCCGCCUUGAGGCAGUGGCCUGGCGCGAGGCAUGAUGGGAGUCGUAGUUUCCUGGCGAGGCCGCGCGCACAUGAGGAGGACACCAUGAGCGGGAGGCGGGUGGAAGACCUGGGGGCAGUAGCAGGCGCCAAGAAGCGCGCCAAGCGAGAGGUGGGCGCCGAGCUCUCGGCUGCCCUGCGGGAACCCACCCUCAGGGAGAAAGUGGCUGCUGCUUGGGCCCGCAAGGAGGCGCUGGAGCACGAGGCCAUUGUGCUUGAUCCUGUUCCCUUCCACCACUGCAUCAUCCCCAACUUCAUCCAGAACGAGGGCUUCCUGGAAGGCCUGCAGAAGGAACUCCUGAACCUUCACUUCCAUGAAAAGUGCAAUGACUUGUACAAAUUCAAGCAGUCAGAUGACCUGAAGAAGAGAGAAGAACCUCACAUUGCUGCAUUAAGGAAAGUCCUCUUUGAAGAGUUCCGAGGGUGGCUUUCUGAUGUGGCCCAGGUGCAACUGGAGGCCACCAUUGACCUGUCCUGUGCCAAAUAUGAAUAUACAGAUAACCUGCUCUGCCACGAUGAUGAGUUGGAGGGACGGCGGAUUGCCUUUAUCCUCUACCUUGUGCCACCAUGGGACAAGAGUGAUGGAGGCACCCUGGACCUGUUCAGCACGGACGAUCAGUUCCAGCCUCGGCUAAUCACCAAGUCCUUGGUGCCUUCGUGGAACUCGCUGGCUUUCUUUGAAGUCUCCCCAGUCUCUUUCCACCAGGUGGCUGAAGUUGUUUCCAAAGGGAAGUGUCGCUUGUCCGUGAGUGGCUGGUUUCAUGGCUCUUCGCUUGCAAGGCCUCCACGCCCCAUCGAACCUUGCCUGCCCCGAAGCCCCCACAUCCCUCGUGAUCAUGAAAUCUUGUAUGACUGGAUCAAUCCAGCUUAUCUGGAGAUGGAUUCCCAGGCCCAGAUCCAAGAAGAGUUUGAGGAUCAGUCAGAGAUCCUGUUGAAGGAUUUCCUUAAGGAUGACAAGUUCCAUCUGGUCUGUGAAGCUCUGAAGAAGGAAGGGCCCAGCUGGAGUAGGAGGGGGCCCCCUAACAAAAGGCUUUAUGAAAAAGCAGAAGAGGAGAGCCUCCCGCCCGUCUUGAAGGAGUGCAUGGAGCUGUUCCGCUCGGAGGCCUUCUUCCUGCUCCUUUCCAACUUCACUGGCUUGAAGCUGCAUUUCUUAGCUCCGGAGGAAGAGGGUGAAGAGACUGCUGUAGGAGACAGUUUGUCCAAACACAGUCAAGGAGAGAGCAGUCGAGAGGAAACGAGCAGAAGAGGUCAUACUGAUGAGUCGGGGGAAACCUCUGAUAAUGAGGAGGGCGAAAGAAAAAGUGGUUCAAGCCCCCCUCUGUGUGCUGGAGAACUGAGACGGUGGACAAAAGGCUGCUACACUCUAGUCCACGAUGCUGAAAUGGCCGAGUUUGCCCUGGACCUGCUGCUCUUCUGCGGGUGUGAAGAAUGGGAUGUGGAACGCGGCGGGUUCACGUCAUACAUCGCAAAAGGCGAAGACGAAGAGCUGCUGACAGUCAACCCAGAGAACAACUGCUUGGCUUUGGUUUACAGAGAUCGAGAGACGCUGAAAUUUGUGAAGUACAUCAACUGCCGUAGUUCAGCACAGAAAGCAACACAUCCUGACAGAACAGCAUUUUGGGACUUCUGCUUUGUUUACUAUGAAUGACUGAAGGUGCCUAGUUGUCCUGGAGAGGAUCAUAUCUAUCUAUCUAUAUUUUAUUUAUAUACAUUAAAUAGAAGGAAGAGAGUGGGGACAACUUAUCGUGUAGGCUGAAAUCCUACAUUCAUACUGUGCAAUGCCUCUUUCCCAUCAAUCCUUAGAAAGCUUAAUUCUGUGGCCUUUUCCAAGUGUCCUAACGUAUUUCUUGCAGAACUUUGUACUGGACAAGGAUUGGGUUCUCACUCAACUUUACUGGUGUACUUGGGUUCCUGCUCAGAAGUGAAGGCUUCAGAUUAGUUUGUGGAUCAAGGCUCAGGUUCACUUCCAAAAGGCAGCAGCCUGCUGAUACCUCAGGCUUGAACUCUUUCUCUUCCUGCAACAAAUAAGGUUUCCUUGCUCCAUAGCUGCCCUGAGCAAGUCGUUUUUUGUUGUUGUUUGGUAAAUGCAGAAAUGGCCUGCAUUUGGCUAAAAGUACUCCACAUGUCAAAGUAUAACUUUAAUAGAAGAAAGCAUCAUCUGACUAUGCAGUCAUAACUUCUCUGUUCUGUGGCCUGGGCUUGAUACUGGUUGUGUUAUUAGGGAUGUGCACGAACCUGUUCGGCAUUCUAUUCCUAGAACUCCAAGUAGGUUCAGAAGCCUGCAUUCAAACUGGUUCGAACGCAGGGGCGGGGACACUUAAGGAUGGGGGAGGGUGCAUUUACCCCCUCCACCACAUUUCCCCUGCUGGCACUCCCUUGAAAACCAGACCGGUAGGGCAGCAGCGUACCUCCCUGACACCCAGUCCCCGCUUCAGUCCAGAAGUAGCGUACACACAUGUGCACAUCAGCACACACAAGUGAGUAUGAUGUGCACGCUACUUCCAGUCACUUCUGGACCGAAGAGGGGAUGGGGCAGCAGGGCUGCUGUUUGAGGGAGCACUGGGGGGGGGCAUUGUUACACUCUCCCCCAUCCUUAAAGAUGCCCCCCACCUUCAAACCAGCCUCUGCCAGUUCCACACACAUCCCUAUGGGAUAGAAGGCACUUGCUCUUAUGCCCUGACUUGUAGCUGCAGUUUCAAAGCUGAAUAUUGUAAGAACAUAAGAACAGCCUUGCUGGAUCAAGCCUAAAGCCUAUCUAGUCCAGUGCCCUGUUCCCCACAGUAACCUACCAGAUGCCCUGUGAAACCACACAACUCAAGACACAGACGAGAGUGCUCCAUACCUGAGUUUACCUUUCUAACUCCUCCUUUAACCAAAUUGGAUCCUCAGGGUAAGGACCAGCCA